AUGGAAGUACCCGAAUGGGGUGCAUUGCCUGUCGAGAAAUACCUUAUCAGACAUUGGGACCAUUCAUCGGCUCAAACAGCUGUGCAGCAACACCUUCACCUAAUCCAUGAAUUUCUUGAAAUCAAUCAGGUUCCAGAUGACUGGUGUCCUAACCCAACAAAACCCACGCACGAGGAGAUUGACACUAUCCUCCGCCCCUGGCGACCGGACAACGUGCGGGCAAAGGCCGCAGCUAUUUGGACUAAUGAUCAAUUACCUCUCAUUAUCCGCACACAUUACAACCCGGACGACGACGAUAAGAUGGCGGAAUGGGUAGAAGCGGAAGAAGAAUUCAGAGACAAUGCCUACUGGGCUUGUAUUGACGAUGUGAACCAUUUCGAUUUCGGCUCCGACUGGAAAAUGAUCUAUGACAUUUUACCAGAGGUAGCCGGUCAGAAGAAUGCACCCAGAUAUAAGAUCCCGCCUGAUAGUGCGGCGGAGGAGGCUCUCAGCCUAGCAAUAAGGCGGUCACAGUUUAAGGAUUACCUACGCGAGCUCAAGCAAUCAGACCCAGCCAAAUGGCGAGACGACCCCCACUAUAUGAUUGAGUCCGCGGCUGUCGAUCUCCAGUGUGAUGUGUGUGCUCUUCGAAUAAUUAUUAUGGAUCAGGAGGCUUUCGAGACUGAGCGCCCACUACUAGUCUCUGUGGACUAUCGCCGUAACGUUAUUCGCGAGACACGCUUUGAGCUUAAUGACCAGUCAAUGGUCGAUAUCUACACGAGUUGGUUAGAUAUUCAGACGCCUGAUUGGAUUUGGGCAGAGGCCAAAAUUGGCGACAAAUCUCGGGUGGAUAGAGAAAUCGGGAGGCAACUAUAUCAACUGACAGAUGCUGAUUUUGAGGGUCCGUGGUCUCUUUAUUAG